GUGAAGGCUUCGUCUUCGGUUCCUGCCAUGCACCGACCGAAUUUUCGACCCCCGACUCCUCCUUACCCCGGCCCGGGUGUAGGAGGCUGGGGUAGCGGGAGCAGCUUCCUGGGUACCCCGGGCGGGGGCGGACCGCGGCCGCCCUCCCCUCGGGACGGGUACGGGAGUCCGCACCACACGCCGCCGUGCGGGCCCCGGGCUAGGCCCUACGGAAGCAGCCACUCUCCGCGACGCGGCGGCGGCUUCUCGGGGGGCCGGCUCGGGUCUCCGUCCCCUGGCGGCUACCCUGGCUCCUACUCCAGGUCCCCCGCGGGGUCCCAGCAGCAAUUCGGCUACUCCCCAGGGCAGCAGCAGACCCACCCCCAGGGUUCUCCAAGGACUUCUACACCAUUUGGAUCAGGGCGUGUUAGAGAAAAAAGAAUGUCUAAUGAGUUGGAAAGUUAUUUCAAGCCUUCAAUGCUUGAAGACCCUUGGGCUGGCCUAGAACCAGUAUCUGUAGUGGAUAUAAGCCAACAAUACAGCAAUACUCAAACAUUCACAGGCAAAAAAGGAAGAUACUUUUGUUAACAUUUCUGAAAUUCACCUGGAAGCUUCAUGUGUCAGGAACAUCUUGGACAAACUUUUACCUUGUGGUUAAGUUGAACCCAAAGAUGAUGACUCUGAAUAACUAGUAAGGUCUUCAUAUUUUUCAUCAUAUCAAGUGUUAGAGAAGAAGAUAGGAUAAUUUGCAGUAUUUAGCUCUCUGGAAGUGCCUACCACAUUUAGAAGAUUUACAGUUUCCAUAUAUUUCAUAUUCCUGAUUAUAUAAUGAACAUUUGUCUUUUAAUGUUUUUCCAAUGUUUUAAAAUAAAACAUUUUGUCUUUCUA